AUGUUCUGCUCCUGCAGCAAUCCUCACGACGAGGAAGAGGAGUUGUUUGGAGGCACUGCCACAGUGUGGUUUGACCAACAGCUGGUCUUCGGCCACGCUGCCGACGACGGGCGCUGGACGCACCCGAGCCACGACUGCGGCCGGGACAUGGCGCCGGUGCCACCAGAGGCGGGCCGCGAGGCCAAGUGGAACUCUACGGUGGACUCCCGGAGUCAGUCGCUGGUUCCCAAGGUCGGCAAGAGCUACGUUUGCUGGUGCUGUCACUGGCUUCGGGAGGUGCGCAGGCACCACGAGCGUGGGGAGGUGAUCUGCGCCGCGGUGUCGAACAUAUUUGCCGAGGAAUGGGUGCAGAAGUACGGCGCAGGCUCCUCGGAGCUCUCGGAUGCAGACGCCGAACUGCACGGCCUUCCCAGGGAGACGUUCAAGAAUGGGAGGCCACCUGGCUGGGGCGAAGGCCGAAUUCGCAUCUCCAAUGGCAAAUCCUUCGAGCGCAAGGCGCCCGUGCACCCCAAAACGGAGAAGCCCUUGGGGGUGGGCUGCCGCUGGGAGCGGCAGGCCUUGGACAACAUGGAGUUCCCGGCCCUCCGCCACGGCGGCUUCGAAGUCUUGGCAGCCCUGCGGGACGCCCCUGCGGAGCUCCGGGCCGACCGCGACAUCUUCCUCAAGGCCGUGGAGAGCAAUGGCGAUGCCCUGCGGUUUGCGGCCGAAGAGCUCCGGGCCGACCGGGACGUCGUCCUCAAGGCCGUGGAGAGCGAUGGCCGUGCCCUGAUGCAUGCGGCCGAAGAGCUCCGGGCCGACCGGGACGUCGUCCUCCAGGCCGUGGAGAGCCGUGGCGAUGCCCUGCGGUUUGCGGCCAAAGAGCUGAAGGCCGAGCGGGACUUCAUCCUCAAGGCCGUGGAGAGCAAUGGCCCUACCCUGGAGUAUGCGGCCGAAGAGCUCCGGGCCGACCCCGACUUCUUGCUGGCACUGGUGCGGGCGACGCGAGCGGACUGGCUCCGGAACUUUGCGGCGGCGGAGCUCCGAGAGGACGAGGCCCUGGCCCGGCGCUGCAAGGAGGCGGCGGGGACGGGCCUCGUGUUUACCUACUACCGCAGCUACGACUGCCUCGCUGGCAUGCGCGACCGCUUCCCGGCCGCCGGCGCCUCCGUCCCCGGGGGCGAGGCCUACGAGGAGGUGAUGGAGAAGCUGAAGGAUGCCGAGCACGGGAGCUCCUCGGCUCCGGGUCUAGAAGGGGCCUGCCUCACCGGGCCGGUUGUCUUGCUGUUUGGCCCAUCUUGUGUGGAUCCACCCCAGCCCGGUUCCGGUUUUCCGGCCGUGUGCGCAGGCACUGCCAUCGUCUGGUUUGACCAACAGUUGGUCUUCGGCCACGCUGCGGACGACGGGCGCUGGACGCACCCGAGCCACGACUGCGGCCGGGACAUGGUGCCGGUGCCACCAGAGCAGGGCCGCGAGGGCAAGUGGAGCUCCACGGUGGACUCCCGGAGCCAGUCGCUCGCCGUUCCCGAGGUUGGCAAGAGCUACGUUUGCUGCUCGGACAGGUUUCGCAGCACCGUGCGCUGUCCCGCUGCCCGUUCCGAAGGCUGGUGCUGUCGCUGGCUUCGGGAGGUGCGCAGGCACCAGGAGCGCGGGGAGGUGAUCUGCUGCGCGGUGUCGAACAUAUACGGGCCAGAUUGGGUGCGGAAGUACGGCGCAGGCUCGUCGGAGCUCUCGGAUGCAGACGCCGAACUGCACGGCCUUCCCAGGGAGACGUUCAAGAAUGGGAGGCCACCUGGCUGGGGCGAAGGCCAAAUCCGCAUCUCCGACGGCAGUUCCUUCGAGCGCAAAGCGCCCGUCCACCCCCGGACGAAGAAGCCCCAGGGGGUGGGCUGCCGCUGGGAGAGGCAGCUGCGGUCAAGGCUCCUGUUCGCAUGGCACGUCAUCAAGUGCAGUACUCUAACAUUUGGUAAAAAUGCAAGUAUUCUGCUGGUCUUCGAUGGUCUAUCCGCCACUGGUGUGACGUUUCUGUCCAAGCACCGGCCUUUGCAAAGCAAAUCUGCCGCCGAUCUGUGCACGUGGAUUGAAGCUCACGCGUCUUUGUUGGCAGUUGGCUCGAAGCAGAUCGGGCUGGGCGAGGCUUGGCCACGAGGCUUCGGCGCCAUGGGCAGCUGGUGUAGCAAGCCUGACGAGGCAGCGGAGGCGACCGGAGGCGUCGGGCCACGAGAGAUUGAGGGAGAAGCUGGGCCGGCCGACGAGGCCCGUCAGCGGCUCCUCGAGGUCCUCCGCAGCGGCGACGGCUUCGACGUCUGCGAAGCUCUGCAGGACGCCCCGGCGGAGCUCCGGGCCGACCGCGACAUCAUCCUCAAGGCCGUGGGGAGCCAUGGCUUUGCCCUGGAGUAUGCGGCCAAAGAGCUCAAGGCCGACCGGGACGUCGUCCUGAAGGCCGUGGAGACGAAUGGCGCUGCCCUGGAGCACGCGGCCGAAGAGCUCCGAGCCGACCGGGACUUCAUCCUCAAGGCCGUGCAGGCGACGCGAGCGGACUGGCUCCGGCACUUUGCGUCUGAGGAGCUCCGAGAGGAGGAGGCCCUGGCCCAGCGCUGCAAGGAAGCGGCCGGGACGGGCCUCGUCUUCACCUACUACCGCAGCUACACCUGCUUCGCUGACAUGCGCAGCCGCUUCCCGGCCACCGGCGCGUCCGUCCCCGGGGGCGGAGCCUACGAGAUGGUGAUGGCGCAGCUGCGGCUGGCCGAGUACGGGAGCACUGCCAUCGUGUGGUUUGACCAACAGCCGGUCUUCGGCCAUGCUGCCGACGACGGGCGCUGGACGCACCCGAGCCACGACUGCGGCCGGGACAUGGUGCCGGUGCCGCCAGAGCAGGGCCGCGAGGCCAAGUGGAGCUCCACGGUGGACUCCCGGAGCCAGUCGCUCGUUCCCGAGGUUGGCAAGAGCUACGUCUGCUGGUGCUGCCACUGGCUGCGUGAAGUGCGCAGGCACCACGAGCGAGGGGAAGUGAUCUGCUGCGCAGUCUCCAACAUAUAUGACGAGGCUUGGGUGCGGAAGUACGGCGCAGGCUCGUCGGAGCUCUCGGAUGCAGACGCCGAACUGCACGGCCUUCCCAGGGAGACGUUCAAGAAUGGGAAGCCGCCUGGCUGGGGGGAAGGCCAAAUCCGCAUCUCCGACGGCAGUUCCUUCGAGCGCAGGGCGCCCGUCCACCCCCGGACGAAGAAACCCCAGGGGGUGGGCUGCCGCUGGGAGCGGCAGGCCUUGGACAACAUGGAGUUUCCGGUUUACGCGUUUUUCACGCCGUGA